AUGUCGGCUAGCCCUAUCUACCUUGGUGUCAUUGGUGUUGGAGGCGUUGGCACUGCCUUCCUCCAGCAGCUCGCUCGUCUGCCCAAUGCGCCCCAGCUUGUCCUCCUCGCUCGUUCCUCCCAGACCCUUCUUGCCCCCACUCCCGCCUAUUCCCCGGCGAUCCCUGCCGCAGACUGGGCCACAGCAGCCGCUGCACCUUCACUGACGAAGAGCGGUGCUCUCCAGGCCGAGGAGAUUGCUACAUACCUUGCCUCGGCUCCUGGUCGCGCCAUUUUGGUCGACAACACUUCCGAUAUCAACCUUGCUCGGCAAUACCCCACAUUCCUCAAGAAGGGCGUCUCAGUGGUGACACCCAACAAGAAGGGGUUCUCCGAUGACUUGUCGCUGUGGAAGGAUAUCUUUGCCUCUGCGGCCGAGGGCAAGGCCCUCGUGUACCACGAGAGCACCGUCGGCGCUGGUCUACCCGUACUUUCCACUCUGAAGGACCUUGUGGCCACCGGCGAUGAGGUGACCCGCAUCGAGGGUGUGUUCUCCGGCACUCUGUCCUUCCUGUUCAACACUUUCGCCCCUGCAUCAGGCUCUUCUGAUGCGCAGUGGAGUGCUGUCGUCGCUCAGGCUAAGGAGCUGGGCUACACCGAGCCGGAUCCCCGUGAUGAUCUGAACGGCAUGGACGUUGCCCGCAAGCUCACCAUUUUGGCUCGUCUUGCCGGUCUGGAGGUUACCCGUCCUGACUCUUUCCCCAUCGAGUCACUUAUCCCCGCCGAGCUUGCAUCUCUGCCCUCGUCUGCCGACGGUAUUACUCAGUUCAUGACCCGUCUUCCUGGGUUCGAUGCCCAGAUGGCCAACAUCAAGGAUGCUGCCGAGAAGGAGGGCAAGGUUGUGCGCUACGUUGGUAGCAUUGAUGUCGCUUCCAAGGCUGUCAAGGUUGGUCUGCAGUACUUUGCCAAGGACAGCGCCAUCGCUGGUCUGAAGGGCAGUGACAACAUCAUCAGCUUCUACACCAAGCGCUACGGUGCCAACCCCUUGAUCGUCCAGGGUGCCGGUGCCGGUGGUGAUGUUACCGCCAUGGGUGUUACGGCGGAUUUGAUCAAGGUUGUCGAGCGGCUGCGCUGA